UCAUCGGCGGCAUGUCCUUACUUUUGAGAUCCUUCAGCAGUGCUGCGGUCUGCUUGUUAGCUAGCUGUGAAGAAAAUAAGAGGGAAGCGCAGCAGGGGAAAUGGCUGGAGUAAGCAGUACUUCUGCCACUUCUUUAAAACGACACCUGUAAUUUAUAGCCGCGGGUAGGGGGCUUCAUGUGGUUUUUAUAUACAUGAAAACGACGUGGAAAGUAACGGCUACAGAAUGGCAACUCGGGACGUACGACAAAGCCGUCGCGUGAUCAGUAAGCGCGAGCUGCAGCAGCGCGAGCGGCGGCAGCACGAGCCGCAGGAUGACGACUCGGACUCGGAAGAGCCCAACCUAGGGCUGAAGAGGUCAGACGGCCCCGAGGCGCAGAUCAUCCACAGCGGCCACUUCAUGGUGUCGUCGCCGCACAUCGAGCACCCGCCCAAGAAGGGCUACGACUUCGACACGGUCAACAAGCAGACCUGUCAAACGUACCACUUCGGCAAGACCAGCACGUCGCACUUUUCUAUCGACGCCUCUCUCACCAAGCUAUUCGAGUGCAUGACCCUGGCUUACAGUGGAAAGUUAGUGUCUCCAAAGUGGAAGAACUUCAAGGGCCUGAAGUUACAGUGGAGAGACAAGAUUCGCCUGAACAACGCCAUCUGGAGGGCUUGGUACAUGCAGUAUGUAGAGAGGAGGGAGAAUCCAGUGUGCCAUUUUGUGACUCCUCUGGAUGGAACCAUGACUUCUGAGGCUUACCGUCCAGCUGAGUCUGUAUCCACAGAGGGAAAGUACUGGAAGAGAAGAAUUGAGAUUGUCAUCCGAGAGUAUCACAAGUGGAGGACAUACUUCAAGAAAAGGUUGCAGAAACAUAAGGAUGAUGAUCUUUCAAGUCUGCUGAAGGGAGCAGAAGAGCCGUACUCUCUGUUCGGGGGCAUCUUUCCAGACACACUGCGUGUCUCCCUUUGCCAGGAUGAGGAAGUGGGAGCUCGCCACUCUGGUCGUAAGAGCCGCGACACGCCGGAGCCCAUGGAGAUGGACCUGCUUAUUGACAUGGAUGUACUUAUGUCGGAGUUUUCCGACACGCUCUUCUCCACACUGGCUUCCCAUCAGUCCCUUGGCUUGCCAAACUCCAGGGACAUCGCACAUGCCGCUAAUGCAGACAUGAUCCAACCAGGCCUCAAUCCCCUGCAGCCCAAUGUGGAUUUCAUGGACUCCUUUGAGCAUUAUCCAGACUUGUUUCAGCGCCCCUUCAAUGCCCCCAUCGCCACGCCGGUGCCCCCAAUGUCAGCUAGCAGCUCGCACACUCAGACCAACAUGACAUCUGAACAGGCUUCCUUGCUGCCGUCCAUCGAACUUGCAACAGGGCUUCCCUCAGUCAGUUUGGACCCUCGGGCCAUCUCUCCAGACCAUGUCUCAAUUGUCCCAACUAGGCCCAGUCACAGCCGUGCAAGUGAUACUGUCUCCACCUAUGCCCCGAACUAUGUACCCCUAUUGACCGGACCCACUGCUGUGGGUUCUGGUUCAAUGGCUGCUGCUACCCCUGUGGUCCAGCCCCUGCUGCAGGCCACUCCCUCAGUCCCAACUCCACUAGCCCCCCCCAUUUUGGGUCAAGGCUCUGUGGUGCCACCCCUAGCGACCUUGAACACCCAGCAGUCUCCUUCGGUCAUCACACACACGGCCUCCUCUAAAGUUACACCCAGCGAUGCUGCCACCACCUUCAGCCAGGGCUCUGGGUUUCCCUCGCCUGUGGUGUCCUGUAGACCCACGGCCACACUCCCCUCACCUGCCCUGCAGCCUCCUCAGACAUUUGCCAUGCCCAGGCCCAUCCAGCCUGCUUUGCCGGUCAAGAAGCCAAGGCCAGUCAAGCCGAUCGUUUCAGCCACUACCAUCUCUUCACCCCAUCUCAUCUUAGCCCCAUUCCCCGGGCAAGCCAGCACCCUCAUCGUCACACAGCCCUUAAAAGCCGAGGUGGUCCCCACGACUGGCCAAGUUGCCAUUUCCUCAUCUGCUGUCGGACGGGCUGGUUUUCACAUCCUGUCUCAGACGCAAAAUCCCCCUCAGCUCAUCGUUCCCAAGGAGGAAACGGGCCCCUCCUCAUCAAACUGUAAAACUCAGACACCCCCAAGUAACGCAGUAAGAGACAGGCGCUGCUCGGGGCAGGGAUCCCCAUGUGGGUCAGAGCAGGCUCCCAGCCCCCAGUCGCCCCACAACACUUGUAACAGUCUGGCCAAGAAUGAGUCUAACCAGAACCGUCGAGUGAAUCACAUAUCUGCUGAGCAAAAAAGGCGCUUUAAUAUCAACGUAGGCUUCAAGACCCUCUGCGGUUUGGUUCCCACGUUGAAAUCUCAGUCGAAUUUGAAGCCGCAGAUCAGCAAUGCAGCAACAUUACAGAAGACAGUGGAGUACAUCGGCAAGCUCCAGCAGGAGAGGCUGCAGAUACAGGAAGAAACCAGACGUCUCCGGGAGGAGAUUGAAGAGCUUAACAGCUCCAUCAACUCAUGUCAGGAGCAGCUUCCUGCCACGGGUGUGCUCAUAACUCGGCAUCGCUUCGACCACAUGCGGGAAAAGUUCGAUGAGUAUGUCAGAAGCAGAACCCUCCAGAACUGGAAAUUCUGGAUUUUUAGCAUCAUCCUCAAGCCGCUUUUCGAGUCCUUCAACAGGACCGUGUCCACCACCAGCAUGGACGAACUCUACCAAACCACCAUGCAGUGGCUGGAGCAGCAUUGCUCCCUGCCUGUCCUGAGACCCAUGGUCCUGCACACUCUUCGGCAGCUGAGUGUCAGCACUUCAAUCCUCACUGACCCCAGUUUGCUCCCAGAGGAGGCCCUGCAAGCUGUGACCGACACCCGAACGCUUUUGGGCCAGCCCUAGGAUAGAAGUUGGGGGGCAAGCUGUGGUUUCAACAAGACCCAAUUCGAACGUUCCUCAGGGCCUCCUAUGGUCUGGUCUCAGUUUUCUCAUUUUCUAUCCCCAGAUGCCUCUUGGAGAAGAGGAGGUGGGGUCUCAGUCAAUGUGUCCAUUAGAUGAAGUCUGCAGUGGUGCCAAAGGCCCACACUUUGGCUCAUGGUGAUCUUUGUGUGUGUGAUUUCCCUUCUCUGAGUAACUACCUAUGAAAACACACAAACCAAGGAGAUAGUUGUCCAAAAGGGAAUGUAGAGCACUACAAUUUGAGACAGAUGCACGCAUGCACGCACGCACGCACACAACAAUAUUGCUAAUGCUGUUGAGUUUUGACACUCAGAGGCAGGUUAAGAGAUGCCUUGUCUCCACUUUUUCCUAAAGUGACUUCAGUUUGCAUGCAGCUUUUUCUGAAAUUCAAAACGUGGCAUGGCAUCUGCUCCUUCUGGCUUCUGUUCCGAGGCUGAUCCUACCACUUGAUUCGAGGUUCUUUACAACUUUCUAGUACCGAAAUGUCAAUGUCAUGUCCCCCCCCUACACACAAACACCAUGGUUUCCGAAUGCUUCAGAAAGAGUGCUGGUGUCCGAUAUAAUUUUGGGAGAGUCCACAUCUUUUAACUGUAGACCACAGCUCAGGUGUGGUCGCAGUGUUGCAUAGCUGACAGCCCCCUUCAUGUACAUUUUGCUGGUAUAUGCUGUUUCAAUACUGAAGUGCAAGGAAAAUUAAAAAGCUUUUUUAUACUUAUGCUCUCAGGGAUAUGGAAAAGAGCGUAAUGGGAUUAUUUAACCAAAUCAGGGGCUUUCAUUGACAUUUCUGCAUGAACAACAAUUUUGUGCAAUUGAGUCAGCCAUAUUUCGCUUUCAAAUCUUAUGCUAUGUUGUGUUCAGGUCAGUUACAUUUUUGUUUUUCAGAUGUCUCUCCUGUCUUUUUGUAUCAUUACAUUUUCAUCAAGGCUACUCGACACCCAGCAAUAGAGCAUUAAGACCAUGCAUUGUUCCUUUGCAGGAACUGCUUUGGUCAUGUUAAACAUGCAUGUGUAUCAAAAACAACCUGAAUAAUCAAAACACUGAUACAUAAACUAUCAGCUAAAUUAAGUAUUUUUUUUCUGUGCUGAUAUUUGAAUCUGUCAAAUGCGGAGAUCAAACACAUCUAUAUAUUUAAUUUAAGGAGAUGCAAAGUAUAAUAUCUAUUUAGUAAUCAGUUAUGCUUAGGGGUGUAAAAAUGCAUCCGUGAAUCGAUUUUAUUAAGGUAGCGAUUCAAUGCAUCGGUGUCAGAAUCAAGAUUUUGGCGUAAAAUACAGACAUUCAUUCUACUGGGUUGCAUGCUUUUGCAAUCAUGUGCUGGAGGUAGACGCGCAAAAUUAUAAUUCCGACAUGCGAAAUUCUCCUUUGUUUUUUUUGCCCCCCCCCCCCCCACAGUUCAGUUCACUGCGAAAAAAUGUUUUUUUCUGUUUAUGAAAAAUGCUAAACAUUAAUGUUCCUAGAUUCUACCUUUGGAUUUCAUUAAUAGUGUAUAAUUCAUUUCAGUUAAUAUUUGUGAAAUUUUGAGUGAAGUUAAACAUUUGAAUCGUUUUAAACGUUACAGACUUCUGAUGCGUUGAAUCGUUCCCUCGAUAAUUGCCUUGUCAAUGAUUUACACCCCAAAUCAUGUUUAUGCUCAUAUUGUGUCUGCCAUGUUUUUUAUUUGCAUAUUUAUUGAAUUGAAAAUGAUAAUUUGUGUGAUGCCUUAAUUCACUGACUACACUUUGUAGUUCAGUCUGCUUUCUACUCUCGAAGUCAAGUGUUUGUGCUUUUAGGAGUGACAAUAGUUCUGGUAGAUGUAUACAGCACAUUUGGGCUAUGCAAAUGGGGGGAAAAGUUUGGUUACCUUUUUUUGCAUUCACUAUUUGGAAAGUAAAGUACUUAGUCAUUUAUUAUAUUCAUAUUUCAGACCCCCUGCCCCUUCCUGUUUCCUUGGGUUAAGUCUUCCAGUGAACGCAAUGUGUUCUUUACAUUGUCUUCUGUACAUUUGAUUGGCUUGUUUUUUAAGAAUGGUUUUGAGGGUUAGUACUUUGAAACAUUCUUGUUUACUGCUGUCUGGUUUUAUAUGAAAAGCUGUAUAUAUUGUAUCUUUUUGUUUUUCUCAAAGUAAAAAAAAAACACUUUUCUACA